CCGGCGUCAUGGUGCCUUUCCACAUCCGCGAGUACCGAGACGAGGAUUACGAGACGGUGCGUGACUUGUUCGCCACGGGGAUGAGCGAGUACGUGCCCACGCUGUGCGUCCACACGCUGAAGCAGCCGUGGCUGAUCCUCCUCCUGGCCUGCACCUUCUGCCUGCUGCUCGCCAGCUCCAAAUCCCUCCUCCUCCCCAUCCUCGCCGUCACCCUGCUGCUGGCCGUGGGGCGGCAGCUGCUGGGCUACGUUUGGUCCAGGUACAUCGACCGCUGCUUGCAAGAGGACCUCCUGGACAUCCAGGCGACGUACAUGGAGGGCAAAGGCUCCCGCUUCUGGGUUGCAGAGUCGGAUGAGUGCGUGGUGGCCACGGUGGGAGCCCGGCCCUCCGAGGAACACCAAGAGGCGCUCAUGCUGAAGCGCAUGUCGGUCCGCAAGGACUAUCGAGGCCUCGGCAUCGCCAAGGCCCUGUGCAAGACGGUCCUCUCCUUCGCCCGAGAGCGCGGCUACCGGUCGGUGGUGCUCAACACCCUGAUGGUGCAGCACGAAGCCCGCGCCCUGUACAGCAGUGUCGGCUUCCGCGUGUACCACCGCUACGUCUUGCCCACCUUCUACGGCAACUUGGCCAACUGCGUUGUCUCCAAGCAUCGAUACGACAUCCCUUCCGCGGGCUGAGAAGUCGGUUGGGACUUUGGCUGUGGCUGCUGACCGGACUUGGCA